AUGGCAAGAUCAGGGACUACUUGUAAGGUUUGUGAUAAUUGUUGUUCUCCCUAUCAUCCUCACAGGUUUGCACACCUCAUCACUCGUCCUUCAAACAAUGCGAAUAUUGCAAAUCUGAUUUUAAAUACUCAGUGUAACCAUUGUUAUUAUCGUGCUAUUGAGUAUUUAGUCCGGGAACUGCCUGUCCGCGUUGCCAAUCCCUGAAAGCUAAAUAUGGCGAGCCAAAACCCUGCUCAAUUUGCAUGCUGCCUACAGCUUACGGGAAUGCCUUGGUCUGCCAACGCUGUUUGCAUUACAGAAACAAGUUUGGGGACCCUAGACAGUGCGAGAAGUGCUUGCAGAUGUGUGCUUUUUAUAAGGACGAGGUAAGGUCAGGUUUUUACCGUCCAUUCGUGUCCCAAACACUGCGUUUUUUAUUUGCAUGUUGACUACCAUUCUGCCGUCACCGACAAUGCCGCUUUAAUUGUUUUCUCAGUUGACUAAUCUAUAUCCUGUCUGAUAUGUCAUACCGCCAUGAAGGUUUCACUGUUAACCUGCAAGUACCUAUCAUUCAUCAAUGUCCUUCCUAAUGGGCCACCCCCUGUCUGAUUUUUUUCUAUCCAGAAUGAUUGCCUCCCUAUUCAUUUGUACACCUAGACGCUCUCUUAUGCAGACAUUUUAAAUUUAUGGAUAUCCCACGUGCAGCAUACCAUAUUUUGGUGUUGCAAGGUAUGUCGGUGACACUGCGCGUCACCCGGUUCAGGUAGACAGGCGUUAUUCUGCCAUGUUUUUUCCCGCAGAAUACGGUCUAAACUAAUACGUUUUGUACUGCUGCCUUAAAAUGGCAUACUGUCUAUUCUAGGCCAGCAGAAGCAAAGUUGAUGGUCAGGUUCUGUGUUGGGUGUGCACCUACAACCACAAAAUCAACAAGUCCAAGGAAUCCGCCGAGGGAGCUACGUCACGGCGUGGUAUUUCGGAUACCCUUUUUGGCAAGUCCUCCCACGAAUCGCAUUCUAGGUGAGUUAUGGCCGGUUUCGUUGACGAAGCACUGACUUCUCCGUCCGAAUGGUUAGUCUACCAUAGGCUUAGAUUACAAAUGUCGUUCCGUUGCCGCGUUUUUUCAAAUAUACAAAAAUUGUAGUUUACGACCUACUGAUAUAUGCGGUUGGUUUUGGUAUUCUCAAAAGAUUCCGAUCGUAUCCGGGGCUCUUAUCAAAUGCUGACGUAGUAGGUUUGUUCAUAAACAAGUAUCGUUAAUGGUCUGAGAGCAUUUUACGGAGAACGUUUGUUAUAUUCUUAAGACCUUUCGACGGUCAAGCAGUCAUGUUCGAACCAGAUGAAAACCAUCGUGACGCCCUGCAGCCCAAUAACCUAUGUCAACCACUAUGGUCACAGUCAGCGCGGAAGACAGGGGCAUUAUGGGAAUCUUCCGAUUUUGUCCUGUUUAUUUUUUGGAAAUGAGAGUAGUUUCAGUUAUUUAGGACUUCGGACGCCUUAUAAAUGUAUUCGGGUGUCCAUCUCUUCUCUCGCUUGGAAGCUUGAUCCAAUGCUCUAAAUUCUCCUAACACUAGAUUUUGCGUAUGUUAUUCUGUUUUCUUUGGUUGACUACUGUAGCUUAAGUUGGUUUCUUGAUAUCCCACAGUCAUAUAGGCGGCUUAGAUCUGCGAAAUCUGAUGUCAGGCUCUUAGCUAACAAUUUUGACGUGGGCAACAAACCGGGAGAGUAGUUAAGAAGUGACGAAAACCAGGAAAGCCGGGAGAGGAUACUAAGUAAAGCGUCAUUUAUUGUAGUCGGAUUCUAUCAGGCCAUCGCGUUGUGGUAUCCGUUAUUCGGCGGUCUAACAUGUAACCAUGUCCCAAUUCGUUCCUAUAUUUUCUUUCUGACAUAUAACUGACAACCUCGCCUCGUGUUUUAGCCUGAUCCUGCCCAAGAAAGGAUGGUUUACCAUAGUAAAUGAACGUAAGCCAUCCGUACUGCGUAACUUGGCCAGCAGAAGCCGCAAAGGUUAGGAGUUCUGCCAUGACUGAACAUAAACGCCUCAUCCGAUUUCGCCUAUACAAUGUUCAUUGAAUACUUUAGAUCAGAAUUACUUGGGUACCUACAUGUCUUUUUUUCCUAGUGCGGAACUUCCCCAUCAAUAUAAUGUGUACUUUUGACUCUGGCGAGGUCAUUAUCGGCGCCGGAGGUGGCAGACACUUGCUAAAUCUACACUAGCCCUCCAAUUUUAACAAUAUCUCGCCCCACCUCUCUCGGCAUGCAUGCCAUGGAAUAGUUUUGGUAGUAAAGACUCCUGGCAUAUCACACAAAACCAUUUUGGAUUUUUUUGGGUGAGAGUCAUGUGUAACUGUUUAGCUUAUCAUGCAUUAAUACGGUCCACACUCGAAAAAUAUGCUGGCCUUGAACCUGUUUCUAGAAUCAUUAGUUAUUUGUGCCUGGUACGGCUGUGACCAUACCGGAAUUAGGUGAUCUCGAUGAAUUUGCCGAUCGUGCCUGUCUACGCGUAACCAUCUGCGACAGCAGAUCAGGAGACCUCUACCCACUCUCUUCUCCAGCAACGAAGGCCGAAUACUGAAAUUCCAAUUACCACCUCCACUUCUUGACAAACUCUGUUCAGUCAAGUUUUGGUCCGUCCUUUUCGACGGCUCUAGGUGGUCUGCGACGUCAGAUCAAGUGUAGGGCAUUGGACUCAUGUGGCGAACAACUGAGAACAUGGUCAAAUCGCCUUCGUCGUCUUUCCCAGAUAGUCUGCGAUAUCCUCACGGUGCCGUCACGAGUACGAACAGCCUCAUUUGAGAGGAAGUUGGAUUACUUCGUUCGGAGGAUGUUCCCCAGGUUAUGGUGGUCAAACGCCUCCAGUUUUGUCUUGGCUUUCACUCACAGGACCGGACGCUCACAACCGUAUGGGAGGGCGGACCGGAUGGACGUUUGAUGGCUAGGAAGCUUAUUUAAUGAUGACUCAUGGUCACCAUGUCACAGCGGUGUAAUUGGAUUUUGCAGUAUUUCGUAAGGUUGUCGUCGUGCCAAGCCUCAGCCCUCCGUGUCCUCGUAUCGCUGUCGCCACCUGUCCGUGACUACUUACUUGUCGGGCCAGUAAGUCUGUCUAUUUUGCAGUGAACCUUUGCUGAAGUCCGUUCCACUAUCCGCAAACCCUACGUAUGCCUGAUAGCCAGGAGUUAGGCUCUCGGGUAGACCUGCUCUCCCGUGUCUUUAAAAUGCAAAUCAACCGGUCAGCUCGCCAUCAUAUAUCUCCAUAGUCACUAGGGUCCGCGUGGGCCAAAAAUCACUUCGGUUCGUUCCCCCUACGAUUGAACGUCCGGUCCUACGCGUGAAAGCCAAGGCAAAACUGGAGGCGUUUGACCACCAUAACCUGGGGAACAUCCUCCGAACGAAGUAAUCCAACUUCCUCUCAAAUGAGACUGUUCGUACUUGUGACGACACCGUGAGGAUAUCUUAGACCACCCAGGAAAGACGACGAAGGCGGUCUGACCACGUUCUUCGUUGUUCGCCACAUGAGUCCAAUGCCCCUACACUUGAUCUGACGUCGCAGACCACCUAGAGCCGUCGAAAAGGACGGACCAAAACUUGACUGAACAGAGUUUGUCAAGAAGUGGGGGUGGUAAUUAGACUUUCAGUAUUCGGUCUUCGUUGCUGGAGAAGAGAGUGGGUAGAGUUCUCCAGAUCCGCUGUCGCGGACGGUUACGCGUAGACAGGCACGGUCUGCAAAUCCACUGAGAUAGCCUAAACCCGGUAUAGUAACAGCCGUAUCAAGUACAUGUCGCCAACAUAUCAUUACCGCCGUCUUUUUAUUCACAUCGCAGAGUUACAUGCGUUUACGGUCGUUGGACGCUAGAUCUAUCAUCGGCGGUGAUACUUGUGUAAAGCACAGUCGCCACACUAUAGCAUAACCUCUUGCCAAACGGCUUCUCAUAGAGAGACUUACGUUCGAGCGUUGAGAAGAGUUAAACUUCAUUCGAAAAAAGUGGGCCAGUAAAAAAGGUGUGGGCAUUGCAUCAAUUUUCACCAGUAUGCAACUGACCAGUCGCUUCUCAUCCCCAACUCACACUCAUCAGCGCUCGCUUAUCCAUGACCUGCAAUUUCGAAGACGUUACAGCCACCCUGACCGCCGCCUAACAGUGACAGAUUCCGGGCUCAGUGGUAGUUUCUAGAUGGCUUUAACAUAAGAACCACUAGCUACAGCAGAAGCGCAACAUGGCUACUAGGAAACUAUGAUGUUUGAAGAGUUAACACUUGUCUAGUUUGGCGAUAUGUCUGUCAUGAGAAUACACCGAGCUGGCUCGCAAUUAUAAAAAAAGCAGGGACUGCAUUUUUACGACACGAUGGGCAGUCGCGGCGCGAAAAACUAAGAUGAUAGUCAAAGGCCUCUACCGACUCUAAAUUACCUAUCUCUUCCACCGGUAAAUAAGUACCUAUUCCCUCCCUCUCCCCCUCCCUUCGGUGCAUUCUUUAGAGCCCUAGCCUAUCAGACAGAAGUCAGAACCUUCCCUGCAUCUUGAGGCAUUCGCAGCCAGCCUUGAAAACAAGCCGAUUUCCCAUAGAUUCACAGUCGGUCGAAUUAUACAGGAAUCUGAUUCUUACGCGACCCAGACUGAAAGUGUGUGUGCCUGGCGUAGACAAGACAAUGAGGCCAUCUCGAAAAUCAUCUGUUCACUCCUCCUACACUUUUAAAACCUACAUACAUUGGUUGCAUACUUUUAGAGGCAGAAGCCAUCUAAUUAGGCCACACAAGAUUAUCCUUGGUUUUUGGCAAGCAUAACUCUCAGUAGAACUCGGCAGGUGUUGAGCAACACCUACAAAAGUACAACCCACCAGUUUCGCGUAUUUCAGCUUACUUCAUGUGGGCUGGGUGAAGCUCUGAAGUACCCUUAUUGGCAGGACAGAAUUAUUAUAGGGAGCAAAACCCGUAAUGAAUGUGUAGUUUUUUUAUUUGGUGGGGGUAAUAGAUGAAGCCUUUGGAAACUAUUGUUUGCAUGCCGGUGUGUUGUAUACGGCUGUGCAUGCAUUCCGAAAAGUUAUCACUGCUAAAAUAGUAUUCCCAUAAUUUAAGUAGCAUUAUUUUUUAAACUCUUUCGGAUUGACUUGGUAUCUAGUUCAGGUUCAGUGUCGAGGCCAAACAAGAGACACAUAUAAUCAUCCAAACUUUUUUUGAAGAUCUGUAGUGACCUAGCCCUCACAACUACUUGAAGGAGACCAUUCCACUGUUCUGUUACUCGUCACGUGAAGAAUUCAGAACGAAGGUUCCGCCUGGACAUUUUCGUGCUUAACUUCAUUGAGUGUCCGCGAAGGUGAGCCGAAAGGUGCCACUGAAACAUGUCCUCAAACCCAGUCCCUGCUCAAGUUCAUGUAUCAUAUUGUAUGCUAGAUUAAGAUCACAGAUAAAACAGAGGGACUAUGUUCAGACACUUCAGUCCUUCUAGAUAAGGUCGGUAUCUUCGACCUUUUACUAGCUUCGUUGCAUAGGGUUGCAUUUUCUCGAGGCAUAAUCGUCUCGCCUACGUGCCGUAUUAUAGGCGUAGUUAAAGGAAGAUGCCGUGAACAUUCUACAAAAAGGUGUUUGUCGAGACCUACGAACGUCCUUUUGAUGGCCUACAGUAUUCUCAUGCCGCCUUUUGCAGCCCUGAUGCAUUGCAGUGAUGCUUUAACAUUGCCCUGUCUCCAAGCACCGAAGUCCUUCUGUGAAGAUUCUAUGGAAAGUUGAAUGUCUUUCAGGCAAUAUGCCCUCGGGCUGUCUUUUGGGUGGUUAAGGGCAGAUGGAGGACGGCACAUUCAUGCGCAUUGAAAUCUAGGAACCAUUACUCGGACCACGUUGGCAGUCGAUGCAGAUUAUCUUGAAGGGCGUUCUGUUCACUUGGGUUUUUAAUAGGUGGACAGAGUUUAACGUCACCGGUAAACAAGACCUUACUGCAGUCAAGCUCCUGAAGGUUGUCAUUAACGUAGAGAAUGAAGAGGGUCCAUGGACCGACUGAGUUCUGUAGGCAAGAGUGUCUUCAACAUUUUCUUUUGAGGAGGAUGUUUUGAUAAGGUAGUUGCAAGAAUAUCUCAAGGGAAAUUUGCAAUUUGAAAAAAUUUUUGCUUCCACUGCAAAUACCCAUGUUCUAGAGCAUGUCGCGGAGUGACAAUAUAGUCAAGGUAUCAGUUGACUUCUACGAUUCUCUCUGCUAUAGCAGGGAUGAGCUUCCUGAGGAUGAUACUCAUGAUAAUUUUGAAUGUUAUAAGAGUGAGGUUCUUGCAAACCGCACAGGCUGUCAUUUUUGCCUCUCGACGGUGACUUUGAAGGCCUGAAUCGCGUAGUGAUUGACUGACACCAAUAUGACCCUUCUUUGGAGAUCAGUGUUAGAAGUCCUGUACUUACUGGUGCUCAGGUCAUUACUCAUCCAGCCGACUUCGAGGUUGUUCCUGAUACAGUCGGUUUGGCUUCCCGGUUGAGCGUCAUGUACAGUGGAUAUCUCAUGAGAUAUUAACCGAAAUUCUGAGAUGUGUUUUCAAUUCCAAAAGCUUACUUAAGUAGGAUUGUCAUACCGAUUAUUGUGACUGAAAAUUUUAAGAUAUUCCAGUCACACCAGGAUGCCGGCUUUCGAAUGAGCUUCCUAUCAACUAUGUCCUGUAAAAAAUGACUAUUCAAGUAGCAUAAGCUAUUUUCAUUGAUUUUUGCACCCCUAUUAAGCCAAGCGAAAACAUGCGCAAAAAUACAUUUACCUUUACUUACUUGGUAGCAAAUUGUCUUCUUCAAAUUUUAUACUUGAGGAAAGAGUAUAUUUCGGUUGCAAAACAUCAAUUUCCGAAUAAUUUUAAACCAUACCUGCCAUUGCAUUUGCAUUCGAGGUUUGAAAACUACAGGCUGUCUGUCCUCCCCUGUCUAUCCUGAUCGAAACCGACAGGGCAACGAGCCCGUGGCUCAGUUGUUAGAGGCGUUGGACAUCUGACUAACAGGUCGCAUGAUCGAGCCCCAGGUGUUCCACGCCUCGGGGUUGGGUAUGACUAGUUGGCGACGGCAAGUAAGCCAGAAAUGACCAUUCCAGUCUCCCUUGAUUUUUUUCUGCCUAUAAUAUGCGCGGCUGUGCUUCUGCUAGUUGGGCUCGAGAGAGCACAACGGAACGAGUGAGUUUCGUAAGAACGAUUGGUGAGCGCCCCACUACCAAUCACGUUUAUAUAUUCUGUCGAGAAGGCGUCAUAUAGGGCCUGUAAAAUUUUGUAGUAGAUGUGGGUCCUGUUGUAUACUUUACAAGCAGCAUUAAUAAAUGGAUGGAUACGAUACCUUAAGAGUAGACACUUUAUGGUUUUAAAGGGUCUCAUAAUUAUAAAGUUUUUAAAUCAAAAAUGCCCUUUCUUGAAGUAAAAAACUUGAUGAAAACGUGAUUUGUUGGCAACUAAGCAUAGGAAAAAUAUUUUUAUGUUUUCUAUAGAGUAUAUUUGAAUUCGGAAGAUGGAAUUAUUUGGGAAACAGUAUUUUUUAUUGUGUAAAUGUGAAUGUGUAGGGCCAUCGAAAGUCAGUGAGCAAAAUCCGGACUACAUAAGUGAUAAUUUUUUGCAGAGUGUAGUUUUUGCAAGCGGCCGGAAGAAAGCUCAUUCCAAGGCCGACAUCCUGGCGGGGCUGAAGUAUUUUUUGUGCAACAGCUAGUCUUACGACCCUACUUAAGUAAAUGAAAAUACAUUUCAGAAUUUCGGUCUGCAUUUCCUGCGAUGACACAGCUGCUGUACUUCACAAUCUUGAGUUUUUCCAAGACGUCACUGGAUAUCUGCCAGCCCCGUAUUCCACUGACCCCCUGCAAACGGUGCGAUUGCGGGUUGUAAUCACCAGUCUACGGAGAGUCAGGCUGCAGUGACUCCCCACUGUGGCCUUUACGACAAUCGCAAGGGCGUAGACUUGCUGUUUAAUGGUAGGGGACGCUCACCGAUCGUUCUUACGGAACUCACUCGUUCCGAUGUGCCUUACGGGCUCUCUCUCGAGCCCAACCAGCAGCCGCUCAGCGGCGCAUGAUAUAGGCAGAAUGGCAUUACCGACAAAGACAAGGGCGACUGGAAUGGCCAUUUCUGGCUCAUUAGCCGUGGUUGGGCUAGAGAGAGAAAGAGAGAACUCGUAAGGCACAACGGAACGAGUGAAUUCCGUAAGAACGAUCGGUGAGCGCCCCCUACCAUUGUAUAUUCCCGAUCGAAAGGGACAGGGCAACGGACUCGUGGCCCAGUGGUUAGAGGCGUGGACUUCUAACUAACAGGUCGAGAGUUCGAGCCUCGCGUGUUCCACACUUCGGGGUUGGGUAUGAAUGGCUGACGACGGCUAAUAAGCCAGAAAUGUCCAUUCCAGCCUCCCUUAUCUUUGUCGGUAAUAACAUACUACUCACUGUUUAGCAUUAUCAGCCGAUGCGCCCGAAAAUACCUUUCCGUCUUCCUGUUAGUACCUUAUUAUCGACAGUUGGUGAACGAGGGAGGGGGGAGUGCGGUAUAUGCUACGCAAGUCCACCCCCCUUGGGCACGCAGUGGACGUCGGCACCUGCGACGGUCGAAAUUCUACAACGAUGACACUAAUGGAGACGCUGGAGAGUUCUCAGUGGUCUCAAUAAGGGGAUCGGGGAUAUCCGCGUCAGAGAUGCCAUAUCGUGCGGAGAAGCUAGGCAAGACUGACACACCCACUAGGAACGCUGGCCACAGCCUAUCGCCGAGCCUCACAACGACGCAAAUAUGGGCCGCAUCGGAAUCGCGCUCGCGAACGAGAUCUUUUCACUUGACUAACGUCUUAUGUAGGCACUCGAUCUGCACAGUUCUUCACUUGUAUUUUGUUUGAAGUCAGACGAACGUCUGAAGAGUUGUGGUUGUAGAGGACGCGGUCAAAGCUAUUUGCUGAAAACUGUCGUUAAGGGGCUAAUUGACAAACUUUCGGUCAACGCAGACUGACCUCGACCGAGUAAAAUGACCAGUACAGCCCAUUGGGUGAAAAGGGAGCUGGAUCAUAAGCCGGUAAAAUUUAUUGCUGCAAAAUCUGCACGUGAAAAUGCGUUGUAACUAGGUCAGGCCAGCUGUCUGAGAGAAUGCUAUAAGUGGAAUUUAUAAUGUGAGUGCAAAAAUGGUUUGAAAGAAGUCGAGGAAACCAUAAUCCGGGGAAUAUUUUUGAUGGACGGAAUUUCGGCAAGAUGGAGGGCAGCCUGUACUUCAUUGUUAUGGUCUUGGGUGCGCCCCAAACGGACCACGUGGUAGAUGCGCUGGACCAACACGGGGCCAUAUCAGAUUCUGGCAGGCAUUAUCGGCUUUGCGCACUGUAACAAAUGCCAACAUUUUGGGGAUGCGAUGGCAGACCCGGUUGCCGGCGUGCGUCGCGCACAUGGACCCUGCCAUCCCCCCACUGUUGUUGUUGUUAGUUAAAAACCUGGCUAUUUGCUGUGUGGAUCAGGGGGUGUGGAGUGGAACGCCAAGGUGCGGGCUCGACCGUGCCAUCCACCUGCGCCCUCCCCGCCUUCGGUCUUGGCUCUGUCUUGAAACCGGGCGCGGGUGGGAGAGGAGAGAGUGCGCUAGAUGCUGUGUAAGUCUAUCAUCAUUAUAAACUAAAUUUUUGCACAAGUCACCGUCCCUACUCACACCCCACUGUGGAGUACACGGCGGACAUCGUCGAAACCGACGGUCAAACUGCAGUUAUGGUCUUGGUGGGCGAUGCGGAAGAGGGAAGGCGAGUUCUAGGAUCAAUCUCUUUAUUCAGCCAGUCUCACUAACACAAAGGUAAACUGUGAAAAAGCCUUAUUCGUUCGAUUCCUAACGGCUCUAGAACAUUCUUGUUCCUGCCUUGCUGGUCGACAAUUGGUCGUUUCCUGCGAGAGAACCCCCUCGCGAAGAAAUCCCGAAUCUUCGGUCGGCCAUUGAUUGGGCCGCACGCGCGGGUAAAGGCAUCUCAUGCUGAUUGGCUAGCUGAACUUACGCGUACACUUCACAGCCGGUUUGGACUGCUGUGCCCUGCAUGUUCGCGUUUUUCUCUCGCUUUAAGUCGUGGUUCUAUUCUGUUUUCUUCUUCUCAUAACAACUACAACCACCCGUUUGCCAGGAAGUGUAAAGUUGUCUUCCGAAAGCCCAUUUAUCGUUUUUCUAUCCUUGUGAAAGGAUCUGGGGAUUCUGGAACUGGACUUUUGUCGCCAUCCAUUUUAUCGCGUUUUCGUUUAAAUUCUCCCUUCAUCCAAGUCCCCACUGACCUGUACGAAUAAUUUGGCGCCGUCGGACUCAACUCCAGCCGAUCGAAAAUUUUCUAGUUUAUUGCAGUUUUCAACAAAUAGUCCCGUUCAUAAUGCCAGAUUAAUUUGCAAUAUCGUUAUUCCUCAAACGGGUCCUUUUACAGUCUCAGUGCUGUUAAACGACAAAGGACCGAGGACUAUACGACUCAUCACUCCGUAUCAUCACGACCAACGAGUGCUCACGCUUACAGGUACCUAUUCCCUCAGUUUGUACUAAACACAUACUUUCAAGCUCCUAGUAGUAUGCGUAUGUUUUUUCAAACUCAUUCUGCUGAUUAUUUUACUGACAGUAUGGAUUCCGCGUACGAUGAGCACAUUCUUACUAUUGGCCAACUUCAGGACGAUAUUAAGGCCCUAAAACGUCAGCUCCAGCUGAAGGAUGCCGAGCUGUUGAAGAAGAAUCAAACCAUUUCGGAUCUCAAGUCUGAGAUUCUCGAGAUGGAAACCAGUAGCCGCGAGCGUUUACUGAAGUAUCAAGAUUCAGCCGAAGACGAAAUAAACCGCCUAAAGGUAGGGGAAGCAAUCCGUUAAAAUAUGACGUAUUUUGCACGCCUUUGCAUAAUCACACAUUUUUUCUUAAAUUCUCUACAGGAGACUAUCCGCACACUACAGCGUGAGAAGGUCGAACUAAGCUCUCGAUCCAAAAAACGUAGGAUGGCCUAUCCCAAUCCCAGUUACACCCACUCUCCGCUUACACUGAGUCCCCUGCGGAUGCCUCCGAGCCCUCCUCCAAAACCGGCAAAAUUGCUUACCUCAGCCUCGACUCCCUCUCUUUUCCGUCGCCUCAACGAUGAAGGGGCCAGAGGCGACCACCGAAGGGAGGCCACCCCGACCUCCACGCCACCGGGCAGUCCGCAUACAGAGGGCACAGAAGACGCCGACUCCAAUGCCAGUUCACGUCCCAGACGGCACCGAGGUGUGCUAGAGGAGACGGAUGAAGCGGAGGGGGACUCAGCGGCUAACACUCCUGCUGGCGCCGUCGGGGAGGGGCAGGAUGCCACAGUUGCUGCUGCUGGUGCCACUACCACUGCUCGCAGCGAGGGUGGUCCGACCUCUCCAAGCCUCUCAUCAAGUUCAGAGGGACUUUCUCCUGUGCCCCCUCGCAACGCAUAA